AUGCCGGACGAAUGGAUAGAAAAAGGACUAGUCGCCGAGGCAGCCAAACAACGUCAACUCGAGGACUUCAACUACCGCGCUGGUACGCUAGACUUUGACGGUGUAGAUCCCGAGUUGGGGAUGCAUCUACUCUCUCUGCAUUGGAACCGCCAGCAUCACUCGUUCCUGCUGACGUACCGUCCGGCUUUCAUGAGAGACAUGGCGUGUGGCGGGCCUUACUUCUCGAAGAUACUGCUGAAUGCCAUCUACUUUGGUGCGUCCAAGUUCAGCCCUCGUCGAGAGGUCCGAAGGGACCCCAACGAUGUGCGGACGGCCGGCUGGGCAUUCCGCGAGCGCGUCCGCAAAUUACUCGGCGAUGCGCUGGACAGUAGUGACAUAACCACAAUUCAAGCGUUGCUGGUUAUGACAAACUCGCUGUUUGCGCUCGGUGAUGAGAGAAGCGCUGCUUGGUUAUACGCAGGGCUGGCGUUUCGCAUGAUCAUCGACUUGGGUAUGCAUGUAGAUGCGCCGGGUCUUGGUAUCACACGGAAAUUCUCUGAUGAGGAUCUCGAAAUACGGCGUAGGGUCUUCUGGGGAGCUUUUGUUGUCGACAAGAUCCAAAGCCUCUAUCAAGGUCGCCCUGCUUCGUUGAAAGAGUCUGACACUCUAGUUCCCAUCAAGUUUCUCGACACCUUCGAAGAGUUCGAGAAUUGGGCGCCGUUCGCCUACUCAGCUCAGAACAACAGCUAUCCUGGUUCGCCUGCCUACAGUGUAUCGACCUUCACCCAUCUGUGUAGGCUGUCAGUUGUCAUGAGCGACAUUUUGAGUUGCAUCUACACAGAGCGAGCUUUUGACAAAAGCCCCCAAGAGCUAUCUACCAUGCUUGAGAAUCUCAGCUCAAAGCUCGCAGCGUGGAAAGAUGCCCUGCCAGCCCACCUAAUAUUCGACCCCAAAAGCAGCACCAGAGUUCCUCCCCCGCAUGUGCUCAGCCUACAGUAA